GCGCAUGCGCACGCGGCCGCACAGGGCUGAGCCCCGUUGCCCCGGGUGGGGAAGGGGCUGCGCGAGCUCGUGGGUGGAGCGGCUCUCAUAGUUGAAAAAAGUCUUUUUUGCCAGAUUUGGCGUGAGGUGGAUGACACGGCGUGAAGUCCGCAGGCUCGUCCGCGAGAGGUGUUUUGUAAACUCGGGGCUGGAGGUGAGAUCAGCCCUGCUACCACCACCUUGUCGGCUGUUGAACCUCCUGGACCUAAGCUCAGCCCCCGGGUCUGCCCACAGGGAUUCAUGCAUUUGGAUCUCCCAACCGGACUUACUGCAGACACUUUAACUGGGGAGUAACACGAAAGAGCAGUCUGAAACUGCAGCUAAUGCAGUCAUGUCAACUCUCCAAGGUCUCUGCAAACAGUAUUUGCAGGUCUGCCAAGAAUCAAACCAGCCAGAAAACCCUUUCAUUGCACAUAUGCUUCGAGAAGCUGAUAAAGACAAUAUAAUGUUGACAAAAAGGCUUACAUUAAAAAUAGCUGGAAAUAACUGCUUAGUGCCUGUACAGAAAAUUACAGAUGAAGAUCUUCACAUGCUUGUCUGCAUCUUAUCCAAGAACAUCUUUAUCACAGGGCUGGACCUUAGAUAUAAUGUAUUAACUGAUGUAGGAGCAAAGCAUAUCGCAAAAUUUCUUCAGGAAAAUUCAUCCCUGCGCUAUCUCAAUCUAAUGUUUAAUGAGAUUGGUACCAGUGGAGCAGAGCUGAUAGCCAAGGCACUACAUAGGAAUGAAGCGCUCCUAUAUCUGAGAAUGACGGGCAACAAAAUCAGAAACAAAGGUGGAAUGUACUUUGCUUCAAUGCUGCAAGUCAAUUCUACCUUAGAGAAGUUAGAUCUUGGAGACUGUGAUCUGGGUACACAGAGUCUAGUGGCAAUGGCAACAGUCCUAAAUCAAAACAAAGCAAUCAAAGCAGUCAGCCUAAACCGUCCUAUACUGUAUAGCCAAGAGGAAGAUACCACAAUUCACAUAGCUCUAAUGCUGAAAAAUAACUCUUGUCUUGUUGAGCUGCAUUUGUGCAAGCAUGAAAUUAAGAACUUUGGUGUGGAGCGACUGUGUGAGGCAUUGUAUGAAAACUGCAGCCUGAAAUACCUUGACCUCAGCUGCAAUAAGGUAACUCGUGAUGGUGUGAAAUUUUUGGGAGAACUGCUGAAACGGAACAAAACCCUGGAAAUCCUAGAUCUUCAUUCCAACAGGAUAGAAGAUGAUGGAGCUAUCUAUCUGAGUGAAGCCUUAGCUUUGUACAAUGGGACUCUUCAAGCGUUAGCAGUGGCGAGCAACAAUAUAAGUGGAAAAGGACUUCUUGCUCUUUCCGAUGCUUUGAAAACAAACACAGUGCUUUCCUACAUCUAUAUUUGGGGAAACAAAUUUGAUGAGGCCACCUGCAUGGCAUUUUCAGAUUUACUUAAAACUGGACGCUUGAAACCAAAUUGUACAGAUGUGGAUCCAUAUGAAGUGGAUGGGCACAUAUACCUUGCAGAACUCUCACAUGGCCUGAAAAAGCAUUACUACUGGACACCAAGUUAUGGGCCAGCUGUUAACAAAGAUGCCAAUGCCAGUCUUGCAAUAGGAGCAGUUUCAGAACAUUUGUGAGCAGGUAGCAGUUCAAUAAGUUCAUAUUCAUAUAUGAAAUAAAACAGAAACGUCUCAUUCAUAGAACAUUACGGUUGGAGGGAACCUCAGAAGGUCAUCUAGUGACCAGCCUCUAGCUCAGAGCAGGACCUUCCCCAAGUAGAACAUCCCAGCCAAGGCUUGGUCUAGCCAGGGCUUAAAAACGUCCAAGGAUAGAGAUUCUGCAGGCUCUCUGGAUAACCUGUUCCAGUGC